ACAAGAGCUGGCGGCCCCAGCAUGAGGGAAGGAGCACGUUGGCACCCUUGUCUUCUAAGCAGCCCAGCUCCUACGGCGUAAACCAAAGCUCAGACCGUGCUCCAGAUUGCCACGGCCUCCGCCCCUUCGCCUUCUCCCUUUCUGUCUCCCCCUCCCCGCCUCCCUUCUGGUCUGUCCACGCCGGGAGAUCGGGUGCCGAAAGAAGCCUGGGGCAGGAGGAGGAGGCGGAACUUCAGCACCAGCACCAGCAUCAGCACCAGCACCAGCGCAGCCGCGGAGAGGGCGAAGGCGCGAGAGCCCGAGCUAGAGCCCGAGCUAGCGAUCCCGGCGAGGGCGGGGCUCGGACUGAGCGAAACCACUUCCCGGGCGUGGCGUGUGAGGUGAAAAAGCAGCCGCCCCGUCGCUGGUCCACUUAGGAGCCCGUAGGCGCGUAAGAGAGCAACAUGUCAGCGCCGGCGGCCAAAGUCAGCAAAAAGGAGCUCACCACCAACCAAGACGAAGCCCUUGAGAUCUCGGAAAAAGAACUACAAGAAGCAAUUGAACGAAUCGAUGAAGUGCAGAAUGAAAUAGACAAACUGAAUGAGCAAGCCAGUGCGGAAAUUUUGAAAGUGGAGCAGAACUAUAACCAGCUCCGCCAGCCUUUCUUCCAGAAGAGGUCAGAGUGGAUCGCCAAAAUACCGGACUUCUGGAUGACCACCCUUGUCAGCCAUCCGCAGAUGUCCUCGCUGCUUGGGGAGGAAGAUGAGGAGGCCCUGCAUCACUUGACCAGGAUUGAAGUGAUAGAAUUUGAAGACGUGAAAUCGGGUUACAGAAUAGAUUUUUAUUUUGAUGAAAACCCUUACUUUGAAAAUAAAGUGAUCUCCAAAGAGUUUCACCUUGAUGAAACUGGGGAUCUGGCUUCAAAGUCAACUGAAAUCCACUGGAAAUCUGGGAAAAACUUGACCACACGACCGAAUCAGAUCCAGACUAAAGGUAGCGGCAAAAGGUUUCGCGAGGAACAAGACAGCUUUUUCACUUGGUUCUCAGACCAUACCGAUGCUGGGGCAGAUGAGUUAGGGGAGGUCAUCAAAGAUGAUAUCUGGUUAAAUCCCUUACAGUACUACCUGGUAUCUGAUACUGAUAAUGAAGACGGGGAAGGAGAAGGAGAUGAGGAAGAAGGGUUGGAGGAGAGUGUUGGUGAUGAAGAGGAAAGUGAAGAAGAGGAAGAUAAUGGGGAAGGUGGUGUUGAGGGAGAAAUUGGAGGGGAGAAUACAGGCAAAAAUGACUAAUAGAACGUUGAUGGAUUCCAAAACUCCUUUUAGCUUUAAAAAAGUCUCCAGUCCUUGGG